GAUCUUCGAUGUCUCCAAGCCACAGUUCACUAGUUGCUUUCCGGCCACAAACAACAGGUCGACAAUUUUUUGCGAUUAUUGUUAUCCUGGCUACUGUUAGUGAUAAAUAGAUAAGAGUACAACAUUAGUGCGUAGUUACCACAACGAUAUCUGUACAAAAUGCGAGUGUUUUUGUGUUUGGUGGCCGUUUUUGGCGCAGUUGCUGCUGUCUCUGCUGAGGAAGAUGGAGCUAUCCUGACCGCUAUCAAGGUUAUGAAGGACUGUGAGAAUAAGCCAAUAUUUUUGUGCUUGAAGGAACGGGCUCUGCACUUCAUUGACUCCCAACAAGGCGACAUCGUAUUAUCCGAAGGUGUUCAAAUGGUAAAAACAGACGACCUCCCAACCGGCCGAUCACUCGACGAUACUCCACUUUCCAAUGACUUGGAAACUCGUGAAAAUGAGGUAGAUAUGCUCCUGGUAGAUCGAGUCGCUCGGUUCUUCGGUACGCAUACUCUGCAAUUCAAAAUGCCAAAGGACUCUGUCGAAGAAAUCCAGCGAUCUCUCGAUGAAGCUCGCCGUCGCAAGAAGAAGGCCAAGCGCAUCUUGAUGCCACUUUUGCUGUUGCUUAAGCUGAAGGCUGCCGCCCUAUUGCCAGUCGCCAUUGGAUUCUUGGCUUUGAUCGCAUUCAAGGCUCUGAUCGUGGGAAAAAUCGCACUUAUUUUGUCAGGAAUUAUUGGAUUGAAGAAGCUCUUGGAAGCCAAGAACUCAACGCAAAACUACGAGAUUGUUUCUCACCCUCAAUACUCCCACUCGGCCUCCUACGACGAGCACGGCGGUCACUACGCCCGAUCGCUUUAUGCAGACAAUCUUGCUUAUUCCGCUCAAUCCAAAGGCCAAUAAUGAUGAUCAUUGAUUAGCUCCGAUAAGUUCCAAUUAAUUUAUUUAUUUAUGUAUUUAAGUAAAGCAGGAUCGUCAGACAUGGUGAUUCAAAUUGAACCAAAUAAAAUACCAGUGCAAUCUAAA